AUGGGCAACCGAUGGAGUCGAAAAGCUGAUCAUGUGGAGUUGAAUUUCGAAAAACUACUAACCGAGCAAAGACUGGAGAAAGAAAGAAAAGAAACGAAAAUGAAAGGAUUGAUCACUAACGAGCUUCAACUAAACGCGGAAAAUGCUGUCAAUCGACCCGAUGAAACGGGGAAAUGGUUGAAAUUUGUGGUAAUCUCCGAUACGCACUGUCAAAUGGAUCAGUUGAUGGAGAAAAUCCCGGACGGCGAUGUGCUCGUUCAUUGUGGCGAUUUUACGAAUUCUGGAGGCGAAGAGGCGGUCCGCGAAUUCAACGAACAACUCGAGAAGUUGCCUCAUCGAUACAAAAUCGUUGUGCCCGGGAAUCAUGACACCGAUUUUGAUACAAGAGAAAAAUACAGAUCAUCUGCCUCAUCGACUCAAACAGUUCGACUCCUCACAGAGCCCACAAUUCUCCUAGAUUCAUCUAUUAAUAUUGAGGGAAUCAAAAUCUACGGCAGUCCGUGGGUUCCCCUUUGUGGAGACGCAACUUUUUACGUGCCAGCUGGAGAGGAAAUGCAAGAGAAAUGGGCAAAGAUCCCCGAGGAUCUAGAUAUUUUGAUCACACAUGGACCACCAUUAGGCUAUUUGGAUCGAAGUGAACGAGGCGAGCAUUGCGGCGAUGCUGAUCUUCUCGAUGCGGUUCAGCUGAAAAAUCCAAAGUAUCACCUAUUUGGGCACAUUCACGAGAGGUAUGGAGCGAUGACGAAUGGAAAAACGACUUUCAGAAACGCCGCUCAAUGUACUUUAUGGGGAAAGAUUUGUCGGCUACCGAUUGUAUUUUAUAUGAAAGUACCCGAUGGAAACGAUGGCUCAACUUGGAAAAGCUAUACGAAAUUUGAGGAAAUCGACAAG